UUGUCUCCCAGGAUCAGCUCCCCUGCUGGGAGUUAUGAAUGUUCAGUGACCGGUCUCCGCUGGGUCAGUGACAGUGAGGUUAUCCUGAUGUACCAUUUCACUGACUGGGAACCGUAUAUUGAAGACCUGAAAAGGAUGCAGUAUGAACCAUUUGGGCCUUUGAUUGACAUCACCAUCGUCUCUGGGGUGCUUAAUGAAGUUCAUCUCCCACAUUUCGCCUGCUUAGGAUCGAGCCCCUCCCUUAAUGACCAGGUCAGAGUGCUGGAUGUGCAGGACAGUGGAAUGUUCUUGGAGACGUGUGAGCUCACUUGCUUCCAUGCCAAGCUUCUCCACCCCACCUUCUCGCCUAAAGGCUUUCUUGUCCGAACUGGAUUCCCAGUGAAAGUUCACUGUGAAGUGCUGAUCUAUCGCACCUUGAUUGCUCACCUGACCCUUCACAUAUAUUUGGUGCCUUGCGAUUCAAAAAUAAUACAGGAUGUGGACAAAAAAGAGCAAGAGAAGGACACAGUGAAAAUUCCAAAACCAGGGCCAGAAAGGUCCCUAACAAUGAGGACCUGGUACAAAAUUGAAACAAAGAAAGAAAAUGAAUACUUUUCUUCCAAAAUUGAACCCGAGAGGUUGAAGCUGAGAUACUCCCCUAUCAAGUACUCUGAGAUUUACAUAAAAAAUGCAAAAGAUGACUUUGAGCUGCACUUGAUUAACGAAGAGAAUAAAUCAAUAUGGGAUGUAGAAAUUCGAGCAGAGGAAUAUGGAAAGACUUCCAGUUUUCCUGACAGACAAAGAGAUCUGUCCAAGGAAUAUGCUGUUUGGUUUGUGAACAAACACAGGAAUGCUCUCAUCCAGAGGGUCUCACUGGUGACCCCUAUUGCAGAUGAUCUGAAAUCCUUGCUUGGUGGUGAGAAGUACUCAAUUAUCACGAAAUGUAAAACACCACAGGAGGAGAUGAGGAAGAUCUACUCCUUCCUUUCAGGAGGGCAGAAAAUUGAGGAAAGGUUUUAUCUGAGUCUGCUGAAGAAUGAUCCUCACCUUGUUGGAGAGUUGGCUGAAGCAGAGGCAGUUUGAACUUCAUGAAUUCACCAGAAAUUUCAAACUUGGGUGAAUUUCACUCAUUUGGAGAAAU